AUGGUUUUGUCCCAGAAAAGCCUUCAGUUCCAGCUUGCCUGCGGUUGGGAGUACCUUCGCUCGACGUACCAAAGCAUCUACAUGUUCGGCGUCACGAUCGGGGCGCCGUUCAACGGGGUUCUGGCCGACAGGUACGGGCGUAAGAUGACAGUGGCCGUGGGUUUCGUCGCCUACUCCGCCCUGGCCAUCGGCUCCUGCUGGAUCCCCAACCUCUCGGCUCUCCUGCUCUCGCGCUUCCUCAUGGGCGCCGUCCACCCCACGAUACAGAAGACGGGAUAUAUACUAGGCAUGGAGGUCGCGGAUCCCAAGUGGCGCACGCAUAUCGGCAUUGUAUUGUUUCUGCCAUGGGCGCUUGGUCUCAUGGCGUGGGGCGGGUUCGCUUACCUCGUCCGGGAAUGGCGGAUGCUUCAGCUGACCGUGUCUUUGCUGUGUCUGGCCUUCUUGCCUACUCUGUGUCCUGUAGGGUUGGGCAAACGCAUCCGCAAAGUUCAAACAGAGGCACAAAAGUUGACGGAAAAGUCCUGGUGUGAUAGAGCCUGA